GGUGCCAGAGAGCUUGUGGGAGGUGGGAAAAUAGAGUGUGAUCGGAAGCGGAGAAAGUGCAGGCACACACGGGAGCCCCCCCAGCCCCCCCCCCCCCCCCCCCCCCCCACACACACACACAAAAAGCGCGUCGCCCUUCACUCGGCGCUGCAAAACAAAACGGCGCCUCCUCCGCACUGACGUCCGCCGAGAGACGCGCCGUGCUCCCCGGCCCAGCGGUCAUGGCCACCACGCCUGAAGGCUGCCGCUGUCGGGGUGCGAGGCACCGCGGCGGCGGCGGAGGCGGAGGCGGCGGCGGCGGCGGCGACAGCAUCCUCUACAGCAUCCUCAAGAGUGACAGAGAGGAGCAACAACAGCAGCAUGAAACACUGCACAACUUACUCCACAGCCACAGAACCUCCUCGUCCCCGCCCGCCGCCUCUUCUGGAGCCUCCGGGCCGGCGUGGCGGCUCCAGGAGCCCAGGCAGCAGCAGCAGCAGCAGCAGCAGCAGCACGGGGCGUGCUCCUGCGGGGCCACGCGGCGCCGCGGCGUCCUGCGCACCCCGCAGGUGACGUGCAAAGCCGCCUCCGCCAUCCUGGUCAAGACGCUGCGCUUCGUCAAGAACGUGCCGUGCUUCAGGGAGCUGCCCGAGGACGAGCAGGUGGUCCUGAUCCGGAGCGGCUGGGCGCCCCUGCUGGUGCUCGGGCUGGCACAGGACCGCGUGGACUUCGAGACCGCCGAGACCGUGGAGCCGAGCCUGCUGCAGCGGAUCCUCACCGGGGCGCCCCAGAGCCCGAAACCGAGCCAGAGCCAGAGCCAGAGCCAGAGCCAGAGCCAGAGCCAGACCCAGACCCAGAGCCAGAGCGAGGCGGCGGCCGGUUCGAGUCCAGGCGCAGGAGCCGGCGUGUCCUUGGCCGACAUCGAAGCCAUUAAAGGCUUCCUGAAGAAGUGCUGGAGCGUGGACAUCAGCACCAAGGAGUACGCCUACCUGAAGGGAGCCGUGCUCUUCAACCCGGACCUGGAGGGUCUUCGCUGCCUGCCGUACAUCCGGUCGCUGCGGCGCGAGGCCCACCAGGCCCUCAACGAGCACGUGCGGCUGAUCCACCGCGAGGACGCCACGCGCUUCGCCAAGCUGCUCGUCGCCCUGUCGGUGCUGAGCUCCAUCAGCCCGUCGGCGGUGGCCCAGCUCUUCUUCAAGCCCAUCAUCGGCAGCGUCGACAUCGAGGAGGUGCUCAUGGAGAUGUUCUACGGGAAGUAAGGAACCGCAUCCCAGUUGAGGUGACCUUGCGGUUGCCUGAUGUACUGCCCGUCGGCUCUUAUUGGACCAGUAAUUCUAAGCGCUUUCCCCCCCCUCCCCCCACAAAGGGACGAGUGCGCGUGAAUGCUUCGAGUCAUCAUGGACGCCGCAUCUAAAGCAGCCGCUGUAAUUCCUAGCUUAACUUAUUUGUUACAUAAACUAUUUUUCUAAAAUAAACUCCCUGGAGUGUUGUUGUUCCACUGCUGUUCUUGACACACUUUCCACGGCGUCAGCUGACCUCCGGCCAGAUAAACGGCUGAUAAAACUCACGCGGUUCCCUUCAGCAAAUUCGGGUCACAAUGCUUGGGGCGAGCCGCUUUGUUUACGUUUUGAUAAAGCUCCAUUCUGACGAAUGUGAACCUGCAGGAUGCUGCAGUUCACUGGAAUAAGCGCAACAUUAGGAACACCUGCACAAUGCAAUGCAAUGCAAAAUGAUCACCAAAAUCCAUAUUCGUUACCUCCGUAAAGGCAGAAUGGCGGAUUCAGUUCGGAUUCAGUGCCAUUAGAACAUGCGAGUGUACCUAAUGAAGUGUCUUGUGUAUGGACCCAAACAAAGUGCAACUCAAGACCACCAGAGUGCGACAACACAUCCUUUUAUAGGAAAUAUUCCACACCAGGUUUUGGAUGGAAGCUGGGAAAUGUUUCUCUUUUUUUUUUUAAGAAAACCAAAAAUGACAUCUUUAAAGUUAUAUUGUUGGAUUUGUAUUCAGGUUACUGUCGUUUUACAUUUUUCAAAAAAAAAAAAAAAGUUCCUCAAAAAAAAAAAAAAAAAAAAAAAAAAAUGUUGUUAUGGCUUUUCCAAUCUUAUUCUACCGUGGCUGCAGGUGCCUCACCCCAACUGACUUUGAGUGAAAGGAAGGCUACACCCUGGACUGGCACAUUAGGCCUUUUUUUUUAAAAAAACAAACAAAAAACCCUUUAUUGCUAUAUUAUGCAUUUUUUCCAAAACGAAAUCCAAAUGUAUCAUACAAUACACCAUUUCCCCCCCAAAAUAUAUGAAUGUACAGCAUUGCCAUAAUACCACACCUUAAAAAAUGGGUAUGACAAUCAUUUGAUUUUUUUCCUUCAAAAAAAACUUUAUUAAUAGACACAUUACACUUUCCCCCUCCCCCCCUCUGAAAUGUGAAUUUUUAUUGUCAUAAAAAAUUGACUUCACAGAAUGCUUUAUCUCCCCGAAAACAAAACAUUAAAACUUUUUUUUUAUUAUUGAGAAGGAAAAAGGAUUUCACUGUCGUCAUAUAUAUAUAUAUAUAUUCUUUUCUUGAAAAAAAAAAAACUUUAUUGUCAUGAUAUUACAUUUUUCGUUCGACAAAAUAUAGCUAUUGUUACAAUGUGCUAUCUUCUUUUCACAGUUGUAUUGUCAUAAUAUGUUGGAUUUAAAUUUUUUUUUUUUGUAAUUGUUGACAGUAUGACACUAUUCAGACCCCCCCCCCCCCUUCAGUAAGGCCCUGAUAGCCCUCUGAGAUUCGAAGUGUAUCGUCAGAGUGCUAUUGUCAUGACACGAUGACAGCCCGGUGUGUUCGAAAAGCGGGGAAACUAUUAUUUUAG